AUGUCGUCUAAUGUUCGAUUACUAACGCUGCAUGAGCAUCAACAUUUUCAAAACGCUGUAAUCGAUCUUCUCAAUGACGAAUGGCCACAGUCAAAAACUAUUCGUAUGCGUCGCUUAGAACGCUCAUGUAACGAAUUGCCUCUAUCAUAUAUUCUUGUUAACAAUGAUGAUCAGCUUAUUGGUUAUUGUUACAUCGAUCGACUUCUCGAUGAUGAACAAAGUGUUAUUAUAGAAUCUGUUUGUGUACAACGAAUGUCAAGAGGAACUGGCUAUGGAAAAAUAUUAAUGAAACUUGUAGAAGAUGAACUUCAUCAAAAAGAACCUAAGAUAAAAUGUAUUUAUUUAACGACAACUGAUAAACGUCAUUUUUAUGAAAAAUGUGGUUAUGAAGAAACGACACCACGUGUCCGAUUAAAUAUUUCCAGUAAACUAUUCAAUGGUAAUGAUGAAGUAUUUAAAAAUUUACUAGCCAGUCAAAAACAAACAGCCCCUGAUAGUCAUGUUAUUCUACAGAAAGGCUCAAGCGUUCAGCGAAUUGCAACUGUUUGGAUGAAAAAAAGAAUUUAA